CUUCUGACCGGAAAACUUAAAUGAUGAGUGUUCAGACCCCACCCACACUACAGAAGCUGGCAAUUCAGAGUUUGAUGAAAGAUGAGGCUUUGGCCAUGUCCUCUCUACAGGAGCUGCCCCCUGGGCUCUUCCCAGAACUGUUCAAGGAGGCCUUCUCUGGCAGACACAUCAAGCUCAUGGCGGCAAUGGUGGCAGCCUGGCCUUUUCCCUGUCUUUGUGUGGGGGCAUUGAUGAAGAUCCCUAACCUAGAAACAUUUCAGGCUGUUCUAGAUGGAGUAGACAUGCAACUGAAAAGAGAGGUCCACCCCAGAAGGACAAACCUGCAGGUUCUCUACCUGAGAAAUGUGCACCAUGCCUUCUGGAACAUAUGGGCUGGUGCAGAGGACAGCAGCUGUUCAGCAGAGAUCUUGGACAAAAAGCAAGAAGUGAACCCAGUCCAACCCAGAUAUGCACUGAGGCAGCGUCUGAAGGUCAUAGUUGACCUGUGCAUCAGGUCCUGCCUCAAUGAAAUACAAGCAAACUUCUUGAAGUGGGCCCAGCAGAGAAAGGGCUCCCUACAUUUCUGCUGUACAAAGAUGAAGAUCUGGGGUCUGUCAGUCAAAUUUAUCAGAGAUAUCUUGAAUGUUUUUGAUCCUGAGAGCAUCACAGAAUUAGAACUGAAUAUCAAGUGGACUCUGUUACAACUGACACAUUUUGCUCCCUACUUUGAGCGAUGAGAAAUCUUCGCAGUCUUCCUGGCACCCCUCACAAGAUCACAUUCCAUACAUACUUUCAAUAGAACAAGAGCUCAAGAAGUCAAGUGUAUCAACAAGUUUAUUUCUCAGUUCUCCCAAUUCAACUGUCUUCAGCAUCUCUUCAUGAAUCGAGUACAUAUUCUCAGAGACCAGAUGAUUCAGGUCCUAGGGUGCCUGAUAAUGCCCUUGGAGAGCCUUUCCAUAACUCACUACCAAAUUUCACAGAGAGACUUGGAUUCCUUCUCCUGCAGUCAGAGCCUAUUUCAGCUAAAACAUAUGAAGAUGAGAAGUGUAGUCUUACUAGACUUGGACCUUUUGCCUCUUAGUGGUCUCCUCAUGAAAGUGGCAGACACUCUUGAGAUUCUGUAUUUUCAGGAGUGUAGGAUGAAGGACUCCCAGCUCAGUGCCCUCCUACAUGCCCUCACACAAUGCUCUCAGCUCACCAAGAUCAACUUCUACAACAAUGAUUUCUCCAUGCCCAUCCUUAAGGACUUUUUGCAGCACACAGUCAAUUGGAGCAAGAUGAAUGUAGAACAAUACCCUGCCCCUCUGGAGUGCUAUGAUGAGUUGGCUCAUGUCUCUGCAGAAAGAUUUGCCCUACAUUGUCGGGAGCUCAUGGAUACACUCAGGACAAUAAGGCAGCCCAAGGACAUCUCCUUUGCUACAGAUAUCUGCAGAUUAUGUGCUGAGUGCUGUGUCUAUGACAAGGUGUCCAGACUUUGCCAUUGCUGGCAGUAA